AUGCAAAAUGUGACUAAUGUUUUAGUCAAUGCCACUUCUGACCAAAGUGUUUCUGUGAUCAUCAAGGUGUGUGUGGUUGUCCCCUUGUUUUGUAUCUUCUUUUUCUGCAUUGUUAUUAUACUGCACAUCUUUGCAUCUCACAGACAGUUCCUGGACACCUCCCGUUACAUCCUGUUUGCCUCCAUGCUCAUCAGUGAUACUUUACAUGUUAUGUUCUCUGUGCUUCUUUUUCUCUUGGUUAUAGCUCAGGUUAAUUUUGCUCUUGGUCUAUGUUUUCCUCUGUUGUUCAUAUCUGCUGCCACUUUUAAGAACACUCCCUUCAUCCUGGCUACCAUGUCACUGGAGCGUUACGUUGCCAUCUUCUAUCCCCUGCAGUGUCCAGCCGCCUGGUGCUCAGAUCGGAUCUGGAUCAUUAUUCUGGUCUUGUGGCUCCUCAGCUGUAUGUUUCCUAUCAUUGAGUACUCUAUAGGGCAGCAUUACCCUGCCGUGGAUGCUUUUUCUAUCCCUGUACGUUGCUAUGCUACAUUCGUCAACUCAUAUCCAAUUCAGGCUUUGUUCAGAACUGCUGUAAAUGUGCUCUGCUUUGCAGUAGUUGCCAUCAUCAUUAUCUUUACAUAUGUCAGAAUCCUCCUGGAAACCCGGAAGAUGAGACAGGAUAACGUGUCUGUGAGUAAAGCUACACACACUGUGCUGCUUCAUGGCUUUCAGCUGCUGCUGUGCAUGUUGGCCUUCACUAGUCCCAUCACUGAAGUGCUCAUGGUACUCCGUGCAGACUGGCCACCAGAUGAAAUUGCUUUUUUCAAUUACUUCUGUUUUACCCUAAUCCCACGUUUUCUUAGUCCACUCAUCUAUGGCUUUAGAGACCAGAGUCUUAGGAGCCACAUUGGUAAAACCUUUCUUUGCUGCCUAAACAAAGUUGAAUGCAGUCCCAGGGGUCAAAUGCAAGAAAAUGUGUUUCCUUCUUGA